UAGAGAACUAUGAAGAAGGUGUUGGAUUUUGCGGUUGGAUGUUAAUCACCCUGUCGUGGCUUUUAUUUGCGUUAACGUUUCCGGUGUCGAUAUUUUUCUGCGUUAAAAUAAUACAAGAGUACGAACGGAUUUUUUUCAUUCUGCCUUGCAUCGAGUCGUACACGAAGGUCGACUUACGGACAGUGUCCUUCGACGUACCAACUCAGGAAAUUCUCACUAAAGAUUCGGUGACGAUCAGCGUCGACGCAGUCGUUUAUUACCGUAUCAACAAUGCGACGAUUUCCGUCGCGAACAUAGAAAAUGUCCAUUAUUCAACUCGACUUCUAGCGCAGACAACGCUCAGAAAUAUACUCGGCACGAAAAACCUCUCCGAAAUUUUGUCUGACAGGGAGGCAAUAGCCGCUUGCAUGCAGACUAUGCUCGACGAAACAACCGACAGGUGGGGAAUCAAGGUCGAAAGAGUGGAGAUGUACGUGCACAACACUGAUUUAAAAAAGACGUUCGCCUUCCAGUCCAACUGCAGCGAGCAAUGGCAGCUGAAGCAGAAGCUGCCCGCGAGGCUCGAGCGAGGGUGAGA